CAGCCCGUCACACCCCCUCGUUCCUCUUGUUCUCCUCGUCCUUUUUCUCGCUGUGGCUUACUCCCCACCAGUUCCCCCAAAGCUACGCACCCGCGGAAGAUGCCCUCCCUCAUCUUACUCCCAGCAACACCCGACCACCGCCCGCUCCUCGCAGCCAACCACCACGCGCAAUGGGGUGGGCCAAAACUCACUCUCGACCAGUAUCAGGCGAAAGAGGCCGAGCUUAGAAACACUGCUUACUGUAAGGAACGGCUGCGGGACUGGGUGCUGGUUGACGAAGAGGAUAAAGAGACAAUUUUGAGCUCUUGUCAGACACUCACACUCCCCGCGGUCCUCGCCACUCCCUCCUCACCCAUUCAACACCGCUCCACACUCGCUAUCGCCUCCGUCCACACGCCCCAUUCUCAACGCGGGCACGGCUACGCUACCACCAUGAUGAAGCAGGUGAUGUCGAGCCUCGCGCAAACGGAGGCGGGAACAGGCGCGUCGACGUUGUACUCGGACAUUGGACGCUCCUUCUAUGCUCGACUGGGGUGGCCUGUUACUGGGUCUUGUACGCAAGGCAUUGUGGAGGUGGCACAUGCCGCAAAUGGGGACUCUUCAGGGGGAUUGGUGCAGAACAUCACGGCAGAGACUCUCCCGCGAUUCCUUGACCUGGCUGUGAAGGGAAUAGAAACACAAGUCCGUGAAGCGGCUACGGAUGGGAAAACAGGAUUCGCGGUCCUUCCCGCCGCCGACUUUUUCGAAUACUUCCAGACGCACGCGCGGGAGUCCGCCGUGCAUAUCCGGCCAGACAUCCACACCGCCGCGUUCGAUAACCUCGGCGGAGCAAUCUCGGUCGAGAAGGAGGAAGACAGCCCCUUCCUCCUAUGGUUCCCAAACAUCUCCGAGGAGAAGCUUUACAUCCUCCUCAUCCACUCCCCUCCAAAGUCUACCAACACGACAACACCACCGCCCACACACCGCCUUCUCUACGCCGCCAUCGCUCACGCCCGCCACCUCGGACUCGCGAAAGUGGUAGUAUGGCAGCCCGAAGACUGCGGGGUGGAAACGUUCCCGGGCAUGCAGGUCAGUGCGAGGGAGACUAGUCUGUCGUCGCUGGCGAUUGUUCGUGGGGCAUGUGCUGGGUCUGAGGGAGGGGAGGUGGUGUGGGCUAAGAAUGAGAAGUAUGCUUGGGUGUGAUUCGGUUGGAUGUAGAUUACGGGCGUAUACAUUGUUCGCGUAUAGACGCUUUACUUCUGUUACAUAGAUGCCUUCAGGGUUGCAAUGUUUCUAUGCGUUUUCUUCUUGUUCGGCAUUUCUGACACUAAGUAUAUAUACCUCUCGCCCGCCCUGGCACGGUAAACCUCAGGAGCGAUUUAAACUGUGAAACCACCGUCACUACAUGCAUGUGCAGCCCUUA